GGUUAAAUAACCGGGCAAGGUGGCAUAACUUGGGAUCAAACUGGGACACGGCUGUAUCCAGAGUCUCUAACAGCCUUGCUGCUCAGAUCAGCUCUAUAGAAUACAUGACCCUCUUCUCUCUUCUUCCCUUGCUAGGUCUGAUCGCCACUGUGGCUCAGAGACUCUAAGCUGUAGCCAGUAUGAUGGAUGACAACACUGAAUUAAGGACGGAUGGAAACUCACUUUUAAAGGCCGUGUGGCUGGGGAGGCUCAGGCUGACCAGGCUCCUCCUGGAAGGGGGUGCUUAUAUCAACGAAAGCAACGACAAAGGCGAAACGGCUCUCAUGGUGGCAUGUAUCACCAAACAUGUGGACCAGCAGAGCAUCAGCAAGUCCAAGAUGGUGAAGUAUCUGCUGGACAACAGGGCAGACCCCAAUAUUCAGGAUAAGUCGGGCAAGACCGCCCUCAUCCAUGCUUGCAUCAGAAGAGCUGGGGGAGAAGUGGUCUCCUUGCUACUGGAGAAUGGAGCAGACCCCAGCCUCGAGGACCGCACAGGGGCUUCAGCUCUGGUUUACGCAAUAAAUGCAGAUGACCAGGAUGCAUUGAAACAUCUCCUGGAUGCCUGCAAAGCCAAAGGCAAGGAGGUGAUUAUUAUAACAACGGAUAAAUCGUCUUCAGGCACCAAAACCACCAAACAGUAUCUUAAUGUCCCUCCUUCACCCAAAGAGGAAGACAGACAGUCACCUCCACGGUGUGCAUCUCCCUCGGGUGUUGAACUGAAGGCUCCAGGCCUGGGCUCUCCACCCAGUGAGAAGGAAGAUGACUUCUUUAGCCUCCAGUCAGGGCAUCCAGGUGGUUGCAACACCUCCAAGUCUCCUAAUGAUCCUGGGUCACUCACUAGGAAGGUCGGGAACCUCAAAAGGGCCCGUUUGCCUCAACUGAAGAGGCUCCAAUCUGAGCCCUGGGGCCUGACCGCGCCCUCCGUGUUGGCCGCCUCUAUGCGCCAGGAGGAGAGCCAUGGCGCAGGUGCAGACAGCGAGGUCAUCAAGAGCAUCAGUGACAUGUCCUUCCCCAAAAGGGGCCCCCUUUCCAGAACCAACAGCACUGAUGGCAAAGACCCCAGCCUCUUCCUCACGGUCACGGAGCAGGUUCUGAAGAUUCCAGUCUCUUCGGCACCAGCCUCGUGGAAGGCAGCCUACGAGAAAAGUCAGCCUCCCCACCCACGUCUGGCCAGAAGAGGAACUCUCCCUAUUGACCAAGAGAAGGGUGGCAUUGGCCCAUCAGGCCCCUCUGCUCUCAAAGAUGCAGCGUCCCUCAAACGGCUGGAAAAUGACCUCUAUGAUUUAGAUUUACAGCCAGGGGCCGAUCCGCCCAACUCCAUCUCCCUUGAAUCAGGCAAAGGACCCUUAGAUUGGAAGAAGCUCAACAACUCCCACUUGUCUCAUUUCCAGGGCUCCAGGGAGGCCCUGGAUGCUGCGUCCUGCACAUCUCCCAGCUCAGCGCGCCACAGGCCACCCCAUCUUCUAGAAAGACGGGGUUCCGGAACUCUGCUACUAGACCGAAUUUCCCAGACCAGGCCUGGCUUCCUUCCGCCUUUAAAUGUAAAUCUGAACCCACCUAUCCCGGAUAUUAGAUCGAGCAGCAAACCUUCCUCUCCACUUGCUAGUGGCUUAAAAUCCAUGGUACCUGUUGCUCCAAGUUCACCAAAGAGAGUUGACUUGAGAAGUAAAAGGAAGCUCCUCAGAAGGCAUUCUAUGCAAGUUGAACAGAUGAAGCAGCUGUCUGACUUUGAAGAAAUCAUGACCUAGAAGCUUUUUCAGUGAGGUUUUUUUUUUUUUUUAAAUCUACGUAGUUUAUGAAAAGUACCAUAAUCUAGACCAACACGGUCAUGCAGAGUCUCUGCAUCUUGAUCACUCCUUACUGUGGGUGUGUGGCUGCUUCAGGAGAGAUGGAAACGGUGCUGCUUCCCUUCUGAAAGAACAUCUGGGUUUUUAUAGGCCUACUUGAAAAGAGCCCAGUAUAAUUGGGUUUUGGAGAUGAAAAAAUCUCCGAAGGAAGAAAACUUUUGGAGUUUGAAAGUCACACCGCAGGUACAAUGAUCUAAGCGGCUGACGCCCAUUAUUUUCUACCAGACAAACAAUUUAAAUCACAAGAUGGUAUCUGGAGGACGUCAUGGGUAAUAAAUCUAUAAAGUGCCUAUAAAGAAAACGAGGCUUUUUCGAAUGUGCAAAAGUUCAAAACCGAUCUUUGGGCUGUUAAAUAUGGGUAUCUGUGUCACAUCUGGAGGAACAGAAGUAGAAUUCUCCCAUCAGAGAGGUUCUGGCAUUCGGGUCCUGCCUCUUACCAUGUCAUGGGGCACUGGCUAGUGUAGCAUAGUUGAGAUCUUUCAGAACUCCGGUAACAGGCUUUAUCCACGUACUAAUUCGGGUGUGCUUUGAGUCCCCAAAUAUUAGAUCUACGUGUCCCCCAAAUUCUGUUGUGUCGCAGUAGCUGGUGCCUCAGAGACGAAUCUUGCCCAGAAAUGAAACUGGCCUUGGCCUCCUGCCCUGACACAGGUUCUGUGUUGAAAUCUUGUGAAAAACAGUCAGGGGCUGUUGGCUAAUUUGGAGUUUUGUACAUACAACUCAUAGAAUAGACCCAUAAGAAGCGUUUCCUGAUUAUUCUUUAAAAAAAAAAACUUGGUAAGAUCUCUCCAAACUAGAAUGAUACAUGGUGAUGGGAGAUGCACAUAUUACAAGGUAGAGUAGAUGGUUCUCAGGCCAGAGGCAGUGGGGACCACUUGUAGCCUGAAAAUUUUAAGGGAUGCAAACUGUCACUUCCCCUUCACUUUUCUGGGAAAUUCAAGAACAUCUGGUUUCUUCUUUGCCUGAAUUAUCUAUGUGAUGAGAGAUUUGUAGAAAUAACCUGUACAACCUUUUCAAGCCACUUUGUACGAACCCAAGAACGGAAGCAGACAUUUAGCACGUUUGGUGUAAUGUAGCCACGUUCUAGAUGAAGAUAUUUCUGGUUAUUUUCCCAUUUAUUGUUUUCUUUCAUGCUGCUUAGAUAUGUUUGCUCUAUGGUUAAAAAAAUUCAGUAGUCCUUGGGGAUAGCAUCACAUAGAGGAAAGAGGAGAGACUUUGAGAUUUGGGUUUGUAUCUCUAUUUCAUCAUUUACCAGCUGCGUGACCUUGAGGAAGUGGCUUAACUUCUCCCAGCCUCCACUCCCUCAUCUGUAAAAUGGGGUUAGUAAUGCUUCACCUUACAAGUGUGUGGUGAGAAUUAAAUGAGAUAAUGUAUGAAAGUGCCUGUAACUGUGCCUGGCACAGCUAGGAGUAAUUGGAAACGAGGCAGCUGAUUUUCAUACUCCUUUAGACCUCCGCAGCCUCAAAAUCUCAAAUAAUACCUAAUACCCUACACAAAGGGAAGCAAAGUCUAGCUGAAAGAUUCAAAGGGCCCCUUGAGAUUCUCAGGGGUUCUGUCAAUACUGAGCCUUAAACUCACUUGUAGAGUAAAAGAAAUUCUGCCACAGAAGCUCUGCAUAUCAGACCAUUUCUAUAAUGACAUUUGCUAGAAAUGUAUCUGUAUAUCCCAAUCAAAAGUGCUAAUGAUGGUUAUAAAUACACGGAGUGUUUGUUCUUUAGUAAUUCCUUUAGGGCAGGCACGUGCUCAGCCUCGGCACUAUGGGUCUUUCGGGCUGGAUAAUUCUUUCCUGUGGGAGACUGUCCUGUACGUUGUAAGUUGUUUAGCAGCAUUCCUGGUCUCUACCCAUUAGAUAUCAGUAGCAUCCUCAUCCUAAACUGUGACAACCAAAAACGCUUUCAGACGUGGCCAGACAUCUCCUGGAGGUGAUAUCACCUUAGCUGAUCACCACUGCUCUAGGAGAACGAUUGUGUACACGGUAGAAAUAUGCCAAGAGCAACCAAACUGCAUGAAGGUGUAGGUCUGGCUGGCUGGCUAGGCUGUUCCACUAACUUCAGGGCAAUUCAAACUGUAACUUAGUAAGAUGACUCAUAUACAACGUGCGCCUUCAGGAUUCUCGACCUCAGUGCUAAUGGCCUCUUGUACUUGGCAGGAAGGGAAGAAAAUGAGAAGAAUAGCACAUAAGCUAGUGAAACUCUAGGGCUCAUGACCUCGGUUGAGUGUCCCAACCCAUACGCUCUUCAGGACCAUUUAGAUGGUAAUAGGUCUCACCAACUGGCCAUGAUUACAGGCAAAGCAACAAUUCUGAUGUAUUAAAGAGAGAACCAGACAGACAACCACUGUUCUCAGCAGCUCAUUAAAGGAACGCACACACACUACACAUUUUAAGUACUUUUCCAAUGGUCGUCAGUGUCAGUUAAAACUAACGUCUGCCAGUAUUGAUAGUAUCUAACUGGGGCGAGAGCAAGACACUGCAUAAGGGAAUUUUUCUAAACCUUUAGCUAAGAUUUGAAAGCCUAAUUUAUCCUAAGUAGUGAAUGUGGUACAUUCAUAGCAAUUAGCUUAGGUGAAACACUAAACAUGAUGAGUUGCCCGUUUGGAAUAGCCUGUCCAUCCGUCACACAGAUGCGUAACAGCAGGUACGCUCAUGCCACUUACUGCCUGCAUCCAUCAGUUGUGACCUUUCCAUUGGCCUUUCUAUAGACAGUCAUCAGGAUAGUACCUUGUUUCAUCACUAUCUGACGAUGCAUUAGUUGAACUAGACUGUUCCAAACUAGUACAACCACUGCAAUACUUAAUCACGGUUAAUGCAUACAUGGGCAAUUUUCUUCGUGUUAACAAACCUCAGAGAAAUGCUUUUUAAAAGCAUAUUUGGAUUGAAUCACGCUUCCUAGAUCAGAGAUUUGGGGGAGCCUAGGGUCACUACAGAAGAUAGCCACAAACUAGUUUCAAUAACCCAUCUACUUAAGACUCUCUGGAAUGUUUAUCAAAAUAUAUUAUAGAAUGUGAGUCUAAGGUUUCAAAUCUGGAAUUUGGGUUCAAUUUCUAGACAUUCUAAAGCCUUUGUCUGCUUGCUUAAGUCCAUCGUCGAGCCUCUUAGAAUAUCAUCAAGUAAACGCAGGUUUUGUCUGACCUUCCUCCUUUGUGUGUGUUGGUACUUCAGAUGUAUCGUGUGUUGCUUGAACUGGUUCUCUACCGUGUUCUAUCCUAGUCUCGAGCUGACGAUGUGCUCAAGGAUGUAUCAAAAUCCAUGUAAUGGAACUAUUUAGAUAUUUCUAAUAUGUCAAUAAAAGAUAUAUUACGAUCCUUCAAUAGUAAGUAUUUCCCAUUU